AUGAGCUCAGACGGUGGUGGCGGUGGCAAGGAGAGCAUGCGGCAGCGGCUGGCGGCACGGCUGCGGUCGCCCAAGAACAAGGAGAAGGGCAAGAGCAAGGCGAGAGGGAGGUCGGGGACGGGCGGGGACCAAGACGGAGGUGGAGGCGGGUCUGACGGGCGGAGAGUCCGUGUUCGCACACGCUCCAAGGAGGCGGCUCGGCUCUCGUUCCCGCCGAGGGCAUCGACCGCAGACUCGUCCGAGUUUAUCCUCUCGGAGCGAUCGACGGAAGCGUCAGAGUCGCAUGGACGGUAUGCUGCGGGCGCGGGCGCGCCAGGACGUCGUGACCUGCCGCCGACGUCGCUGGCGGAUCUCCCGCUCGCGCCGCCAAUCACCGCCCUCCCGCUUAUGUCUGAGCUGAGCAGGCAGCUCGGCAUCCAGCACGUAUCGGCAGCGCGGACAAAGCGGACUUCGAUGGCCUCGGUCGCCCCUGAGCGCGCCUCUGUCAAGAUUCUGGCAGAAGCCGGUGCUUGGGGCGACGUCGUUGUCCUCACCCAACUGCUACUCAUGGACGAGAAUGCCAAGCUCAAGCCCCAUGAGAUGGUCGAGCUGCGGACUGCGCGCGCCAUCGCCUUGGUCAAGCUCCGCAUGUUCACCAUCGCAGACUCGGAAGUCGCACCGCUGCUGGCCGCCCCAGACUCGCUCUUCCGCUACUCGUCAUACCCUGACGAGUACACAGACGGUGAGACCGGCUCGUUUCUCCCGUUUGUCGUCCGCCUCAUCGCCGUCCAGCUCGCGUUCCAUCUCGCAGAGACCUCGGUCGCCGCCGCAGCCCACUGCUCGCUGCUCGAGUACGUCCGGUCCAAGCGCGAACGCCUCGAGGCAUCCGCAGGGUCCAGCGCCGAGUCGGCUGCCGCGAGCGGGCACAGAGAACUCCCGCUUGACCUUGUCCUGCUCGCCCCGCCCGGCGACAUGCUGCACCUCCUCCUCGACAACGUCGCGCCGUGCGAGGCCAGCCUCGAACUAUGGGAGGAGCGCGAGGUGCUUGUUAUUGUCUCGCUCAUCUCGAUCUACGUCGCCCGCGACGAGCACCUCCUCGCCAUUGCUCUGUACAAGGACCAGCUCUACCCGCUCCGCAGCGAAGACCCCGGCGUGCUUGCCGGCCUCGGCAGGCUGUACCUCACCGUCGGCCACGUCGCCGCCGCAGGCUGCGUCUUUGCCAAGGCCGAAGAGCUGCUGGAUGCCGCCGGCACUCCGGCCGACUCGGUCCCUAUCACCCACAUCAACCGCGGGUACGUGGCUGUUGCCCAGGGCCAGUACGCCGCUGGCGCGCUUUGCUAUCAGCGCGCACUCGACCUAUACGUCGAGGUCGAAAAGAGCCACGACAGCGGUGCCACGCCCUGGUCCGAGUGCGCCAAGGCCGCAGCCGCCAACAACCGCGCUCUUUGCUGGCUCUACGCCGGGCAUCUCGACAAGGCGCUCAAGUCUAUCGAGAACAUCAUUAAGGCCGCGCCGGCCCGCAACAUGAACCCCACCCUCAUUGCCAACCUCUGCUCGCUCUACGAGCUUGCCGGCCGCUCCGUCCGCGCCAACAAGAUGGCGCUUGCAACGCUUGUGGCCGAGCACGCGCCCGACAACUUUGACGUCUCGGUCCUCCGUCUCCAAGACGGAUGAGCGCUCACGACCAGGAUACAUGACUUGUUCAUUUGUCGCCGCCUCCUGCAUGUCAGCGGACACUCUGCUCCUUCCGACGGUUGAUGUAGAUGGUGACGAGCUUGAGCUGCGACGACGAGAGCUCCGAGAGGCACGGCAUCAGUGACUCACCAAGCACCAUGUACGCUUCCACAAGUGUAAAGACCACAGCCUUGCGCA